AAGCAGAUGUCACGAAUAGAAGAAGGCUGCAACUCACCCGCCCAUGUCGUGUUUCCUUUAUCGAACCUCAUGAGACUGAAGGCAUCGCAGCCUCGCAUGCCACUCAGCGGAAAAUGAGGCUCCUGAGGGUCUUUGGUUUCAUGUAUGUCGCUGCUAUUUGUGUUGCUCAAGAUCCUCUGGAUGUCACCUCCAUGGACAUCUUGCCUACCAGUGGAUCAUCAAAUGCGACCGAGUCAGUCUAUGUCACCUCUGUGUUCAGCAACAUUUUCCCAACCAGCCAACCUUCAACUGAAAGCCAGACAAUCUAUGAGCCUCCUGUCCCAUCAUUGCACUUGCAGUCACCCUGGGCUGAGAUCUUCCCCUUCGAGAAAGCAGAGUUUCUGUGUUUAAUCAAUGACAGCUCUGACUGGAACGUCACCUGGUACAAAUCGGGCAGUGAAGUACAAGAAACAGACCCAAAUUUGUCUUUCAGUAUGUCGCAAGGAGUAGUGCUGACCAUCACCGCAGCAUCGCCUGCCCAUUCUGGACUCUAUGUGUGUCAAGGUCAUCACACAGUAAAGGGCAGUACGACAUACAGUAAUAGGCUUGAACUGAAAGUCGAUGCAAACAAGCCCAAAGCAACUCUGAAGCAGAAUCCUAAGUGGGAACACAUGUACCCAGGAGAAUCUGUCACUUUUCAGUGCAUGAUUGACAAGUCUCAAGGUUGGGAGUAUGAGUGGUUCCGCAAUGACACGAAAAUCCAGGAAUCUAACAUUACUUAUAGAAUAGAUUCUUUAACACUAUCUGACACUGGGCGGUACCACUGCAAAGCCAAGAGAGGAAAAAGUCAUUUUUACACGGAACAAAGUGAAACCGCAACCCUGCAGGUCUAUGAACCACCAACACCAAGUCUGAGGCUUUUGACUUCCUGGUCAGAUGUGUUUGUAAAUGAGAAAGUGGCGCUAUCUUGUAAUAUGGACAGCUCUAACUGGACAUUCAUCUGGCACAAACAUGGAAUGGAACUCCAAGGAGACUCUGUGCUGAAGCUGAGCGCAGGAGGAUCUCAUCUCAAAAUAACCUCAGCUUCACUAGCUCAUCAAGGAGAAUAUUCUUGCCAAGCACAAAUGAAGUCCAGGAAAGUCACCUCCGUAUUCAGCAACACUGCAAUAAUUCAUGUUCAUGGAACUCUCCCUAAACCAUCACUGAGCAAGGAUCCUAUUGUGAACUCUAUGUAUGUUGGAGAAAACACCACAUUCACCUGCCUAGUGGAUGUGGCAACCGACUGGGUAUACCAGUGGUACAAAGACGGAACGACACUUUUUGCCACAGACGAGACCCUCCAAAUCCCACACCUUGGUCCUCAUGAUGCAGGGACAUACCAGUGCAAGGCUACCAGAGGCCUAAGAACAUUCACAUUCAUUAGUGACAAGAUGACUCAAGAUGUUCUUGAAAUUCCCGUUCCGUCAAUGGUGGUAAGCACCCAAUGGGCAGAUGUUUUUCCCACGGAGCGUGUGACAUUGAGCUGUGCAAUUGAGACAAGCUCUGACUGGACGUAUAAAUGGCAAAAAGAUGGUCAGGUGAUCCAGAGCAACAUGUCUUUUACGUUGGAUGGAACUACUCUGUCGAUUGACUCUGCUUCAGACUUUCAUGGUGGAACUUACAGCUGCUCAGCAACACUUAACAGCAGGCCUGUCAGCAGCAACAUUUCUUCUGGAGUACCAAUCAUUGUCUACGGCAAGAAACCCAAAGCCAUCCUGGUGCAGGACCCUGCUGAUACAUUACUGCACACUGGAGAUUCUGUCUCCUAUAGCUGUCACAUCAACGUCUCCUCUGGAUGGGAGUAUCGGUGGUACAAAGAUGCUGCUCCACUUACUGUACCUGGAAAUAACUACACCAUACAUACGCUAGCCUUGAGAAACACUGGAUCAUAUAAAUGCCAAGCAAUCAGAGGGCAAAGCACUGCUAUCUUUGAGACUGAACAAAGUCUGACUUUAAGUCUUCAAGUUGAAGAACGUCCAUUGGCAAAUAUAAUUGUCUUGACCGGCUGGUCCGAGGUUUUUUCCACUGAUAGUCUCGUGCUCCAGUGUGAGGUCACAGGAAGCAGGGACACCUGGAACUACACAUGGUUUGUCAAGGGACAACAGAUCACAAACUCAUCUUCUGAAAAACACACAGUCACACCCCAAAAUGACCCCGAGCAGAGUCAAUACGCUUGUCAGGGGAUCCGCACCCGGAGACCCUAUCACUCCACAAAAAGUGAUGCCCUGGCGACUAAGAACCUUUUGUUGAAGAGGCGGGUGCUUCUCUCUAUAUCUGGCUGCAUCUUCUUUGGCAUCGUUGCUGUUUUUUUGGGCUGCUUUGUUCUCAAAGUCACCAGGAAACCAGAGGACAAAGAAGGGAGACCGGAGGAGCCCGAGCUCUUCCUCACCAUGGCUCAGCUAAAGGACCGUGUCGAUGCUCCUUGUCUAUUGGUUGAUUACAUCACAGAUGCACAAUUGAACAAUCCAGCAAUAGAGAGUGAGGACGUUAUCUGCAGUGAAACAACACAGCUAUCUGUAAUCUCACAGCAAGACCCAGCAGUGACGACAGAGAGCACUGAUAAAACGGCGGAGGGUAGUGCUCUUGUUUCUUUCCAACACUGAGCCACCAAACAUGAAUGCUUUUGAACACAUGUAUCAGGAAAUGUGUGUGGAACUACACAAACAAAUGACAAUUUGCUUGGUCACAAUAUUUCACUGUUGGCGGUGGAAAGGAAAAUUCGAAUUAAACAGUGUGUUGACUCUGCAAAGAACAUGAAUUUCUUAAAAUUGUACAAUUGCAUACUCUUUUUUUUUUUUAAUUGAAAAAUGACAGUACUGCGUAGAUUCAUUUGCUUGUUUCAAUUAAUGCAUUCCAUAACCCAGAAGCUUUUAAAGGGGACUUAUGAUGAUUUUCCUCUUUUUGGACUUCAAAUAUUUUAUAAUGUUGGAUGCUGGCGUUAAACAAAACAAAAGCCUCAUAACAUAUAAGGUUAUACAUUUUGGCAUGAGCUUGCAUGCAGUUUUGGGUGCCUCUGACAGCUGUGUUUGAGUCUUAUUUGGACAUUAAGUAGAAAUAACCGGCUUCGGACUGUGAGAAUAUUAUCACCUUACGAGUCAGCCCUCCUGAUCUCAUGUCCUCAUACCUGUUCUGAUGUCUAAAAAAAAACUUUCAUGUUUGCUCGUUCACAACAUUUUAUACGUGACUUUCGUCAAGAUGGACCAGUACAAAAUAAGAUAAGCUAAUAAACUACGAUGGGUGGAAAACAAAGACAUUACAACUUGGUUUAGAAAUAAUAAUGAUAAUAAAAAAAGACAAGGUAAGACAAUAUAUUAUUUUCAUUUAAUCUUGCCAUGUGCAUGAUAACACCAAUGCAGUGAGAUAAAAGCUACUAAAAGCAGAUUUUUUAUGAAUCUUGUAUCGAUCCAAGAUUGCGCAGGUGUGCUUAAUGUUGUGACCCGUGGAGCUAUAUAUUGUUUAUGAAGUUUAUUUUUGACCAUUUCUGGUGGGAAAAAAACAGUUACAUGUAUCUGGGAUCACAGUGAGGUAAAAAAAAAAAAAAAAUUGAAAACAUUUUUAAAAAUAUCAGCUGGCAGCCCAGGCCAUAUUUGACCAUUGUUAGGAUGAUUUGGAAGGCAUUUCCUACAUAUACAGUCUUUAAAAAUACAAUUUAAAGAAAAUACCCCUAGAGCUAGUGUUUUCAUGUAUGAAAAGACCAAUUUGAAGUUUCAAACAAAUUUAAGAAUGAUGACAUAUUUAUGAUAACAAAUGUUGAAAUUGUAAAAACUCAAAUAUUUUGUCGAACAAGUAAGUCACUUAAUCAUGGAAGUAAAACUGCAUUCAUGUUGUCUGCUACAAGUUGGUGUUUGUUCAAUUAUAACAUGGAGAUUUGUAUAACCUGUAAUCUUAAUAAAUUCCUGGUUAUACAUCAUAGGGCUUUCUAGGCAACUUUGGUCAUGCAACACUAGAUCUUCUAACAGUUAGUAUUUUAAAUCAUCAUUAAAAUCAUGAGACAUAAUAUAUUGUCAACAGCAAGAUGCCAUAUUAUUACUUUCUAAGAAUAGUAACUUAUGAAAAUGACUCACCAGGCAGUUUGUAGAUGUAUUUUCUUUAUCUUUUCUUCACUGCAUGUUAGCUUCCCUUGCAAUGGCGUUUCAAUGACAACCAGCCUUUGCCACCAUUGUUGAUCAUUUUCCCGUCGACUACAAACUGUUUUCUCAAACUCUUUGUGCUUUAAAAUUAAUUCCAAAAGCAGGCACCAGUCCAUUUAUUUUUCUAACCACGACCAGCUCCAAUAAUUUUUUAUUACCACAUUCAACCGAGACACCGUUCCGCGACAUGUUGAAUAAGUCGUGAGCUUGCCAGAGCCAGUAAUUACAAUACACGAAUGUGUUAAUUCAAAACAAAAUCACUACAUUACAUUUACCAAUCCUACACUAUAAUAUUAACAUCCAUCCAUCCAUUUCUACCGCUUGUCCCUGUUGUACCUUAAUAUGCAAAGAUUUUAAGGACACAUUUGCUAGCAAAAACGUGGCCAAGAUGCUGACCAUAGCAACAUGUACCUGGACAAAAUGUAUUUAAUCUGAUCAUCAUUUGGAUUCAUGCAUCACACCUUGAAAGGCGCCAUAUGUAAUCAUUUCAUGUCAAGUCAUCAUUAAAUGGCCCUCAUAUGUCAAAAGGCAGUAAUAAAUCAUGCCAUUUUUGAAUACCUAUAUAGCUGAUAACUCUAGCUCAGCCGGGAUAUGCUCAUUUCAAAAUUAGAUUUACAGCCUUAAAUUUUUUUUUUAUUGUUCUCAUUUCAAUGCCCCGCCCUCUACUGUUUGACCAAUAGAAAGUCAAUGAGUGUGUCACAUCCAGGUUGCCAGCUACGCACCGCCCUCUUCGUCGAGCUACUGCCACUGGUAAAGUUACUAAACAUGUCAGACCUUAGUAAAUCUAAAAGGCGCCGUUAUGGUUCUCAACUUGUUCAUGACAAAGCCAGGAACAAAACAAGGAUUUGUAUCGAGGAUGCCUUUGAAAGAUGGAGACGAUUUAAGGUGGAGAAGGUUGUUUCAUCCGACGCCAAACUUGCUUAUUUCCUCCUUGAUAUGUAAGUCAGACAUUUACAUUUUCUUAUUACUUGUAGUAAAUGGAAAUGGACAUUUUGUAUGUAAACUAAAUUGCCCAAUACAGUCUAUGAUCUUGUCUAACACAGCUAGUAUGUUCAUGCAACGAAUGGUUAUUGUGUGAUGCUCAGCUCCUAGUGUAAAGCUUACUGAGCAUGCUAGCCCGGUCAUUUGCCUGUGUAUCUGGCUCAGUCAUGGAGAGUGGGAGGGGACUACAUAAUUUUGACUGUGAUUGCAGUACCAUUUCUGGCCACAUUCCUACAUUUAGCGCCUUUAAAUUGGAAUACUUUACUCUGACAUGCGCAGCACAUAAACGUUUGGACGAGGUUGCUCACUACAGGUGCUGAAGAAAAAGCAGUGACUUUCACUGUAAAAGAAAAACAUGGCUUUGUGCAUUUCGGCUUGUCUGACGUCACGGUAUUGAUAAUUUUUUCCCCUUCUAUUCACUACUUUUGUUUUACCUUUCUUUUUGAAAUUGAGCCGUUCUGUGCCUUUUAUGUUGUGAUUUUAUAGAGGUUGCCGCUCGUCUUUAUGUAACAACAAUCUGUGUAUGUUUCUGAGGCUAGCAGCUAGCACUUGGAGUAGCUGUAAUGUUGUGAAUAAAACAGCUCAUUUAGACAA